GCUGGUGCUGGCGUCAGGAGGAGGGAUGGGCUGGCUUUGCUUGACCCGGCAGGGCUUGUUUACUAUGGCUGAUGAUCUGGAGCAGCAGCCUCAAGGCUGGCUGAGUAGCUGGCUGCCUACUUGGCGCCCCACUUCCAUGUCUCAGCUGAAAAAUGUGGAAGCCAGGAUCCUCCAGUGUCUCCAGAACAAGUUCCUGGCCAGAUACGUGUCCCUUCCAAACCAGAACAAGAUCUGGACGGUGACUGUGAGCCCUGAGCAAAAGGGCCGCACCCCCCUGGUGAUGGUGCAUGGCUUUGGGGGCGGCGUGGGCCUCUGGAUCCUCAACAUGGAUUCACUGAGUACCCGCCGAACACUGCAUACCUUUGAUCUGCUUGGCUUUGGGCGAAGCUCAAGACCGACGUUUCCAAGGGACCCAGAGGGAGCUGAGGACGAGUUUGUGACCUCAAUAGAGACGUGGCGGGAGACCAUGGGGAUCCCCAGCAUGAUUCUUUUGGGGCACAGUUUGGGAGGAUUCCUGGCCACUUCUUACUCUAUCAAGUACCCUGAAAGAGUAAAACACCUCAUCCUGGUGGACCCAUGGGGCUUUCCCCUUCGACCGACCGACCCCAGUGAGAUCCGAGCUCCCCCAACAUGGCUCAAGGCCGUGGCGUCUGUCCUAGGGCGUUCCAAUCCUUUGGCUGUUCUUCGAGUAGCGGGGCCCUGGGGGCCUGGCCUGGUGCAGCGAUUCCGGCCGGACUUCAAGCGCAAGUUUGCAGACUUCUUUGAAGAUGAUACCAUAUCAGAGUAUAUCUACCACUGCAAUGCACAGAAUCCCAGUGGCGAGACGGCAUUCAAAGCCAUGAUGGAGUCUUUCGGCUGGGCCCGGCGCCCCAUGCUGGAGCGUAUUCACUUGAUUCGGAAGGAUGUGCCCAUCACCAUGAUCUAUGGGGCCAACACUUGGAUAGAUACCAGCACAGGAAAAAAGGUGAAGAUGCAGCGGCCGGAUUCCUAUGUCCGAGACCUGGAGAUUAAUGAUGCAUCACACCACGUCUAUGCCGACCAGCCACACAUCUUCAAUGCCGUGGUGGAAGAGAUCUGCAACUCGGUGGAUUGAGCUGCUCUCUAGAGGAAGAGGAGAAAGCCAGAGAGUCACUGUCGCCUCCCUGUCUGCUUACUCACCCCUCUGUCCUUUCCUCACCGACUAACACGUGCCAGCCUGGCAGUCUUGGGCUGUCCCCAGGACGGGACCACAGUGGAAAAGAGCACUUCUGACCCCAUGCUAAGGGCUUGAGGCAGAGCCACGAGAGGCCUUGAGCACCCCACCCUGGGGAAGAACAUAAAGGGCUGCACAAUGUCACCCAUUCUCUCCAUGCCAAGUGUUACCCAAGUGUUGGUUAUGAAGGAUUGCACUGAGCCACAUUCCCUCCCGUGCAGCCUUUUCUUCUUCUGGGUAAAGGAGAGUUCCCAGUCACCUUUCCUAGCUCUAGUUGGGAUAGGUCCCCUGCAAGGACAUCUUCCUCCUCCAAACUCCCUCACCCCCAUCCUAUGCCAGUUCCAUCCAGGGUCUGGCUGGGACUGGUUCCCACUUAACUACCAAGAGCAGGUCCUAGAGCUCCCUGUACCUGCCGAGUCCUUUCCAUGACCUAAGAGGUCAUAUCCAAAGUCCUCACUGACAGAUGAAACAGGACGCGGCUGGCCCAUGGUGACACAGUUCUGUGUGGUAUGAGUCCAGCAGAUCUAAGGCUAGAUCCCAGGUCUUCGGACACCCACAGCUUAUUGCAUGCUUUUACACUUCGAGGCAGGCACCAUUGCCAUGGGGCUGGUCCUACUCACUGGCUAAGGAUAGCCCAUCCUUGCCCCACAUUCUAGUUCCAUUUGCAGGGAUGCUCUUCUUCCCUGUUCUCAGCCCUGGCUGCCUGAGCUGGGAAAACUUAGUGCUCCUUGCUUGCCUCACCUUCCAACCAGAGGCCUCUGAGCCUCCCUCUGUGCCUUGGGCCCUGAAGCCCCACAUGUAGUAUAGAGCAAAGGUGGCCUCUGGUGGAGAGAGCAGGGAAGAGCCCUUCACCCCCAGGUCAUGUCUGGGCUCUCCAUGCCCACCAGUAUUUGCAUUUUUCUACCUGCCCCCAGAGCUGAGGCCCUCCGUAAGCCCCUGCCUAUGGUCCAGUUCCCUGUCCUUGUCAGCCACAGCGUGGUUCCCACCAUCUGGCCCUCUGUCCCCAUGGUCUCCUAUGUCCAUGGGCAGGCUCCAGAGACUGCUAUGAGGUCAUGGGCAGUAGGCUGGGCCUGGCCACAGACCCAGGGCAGCUCCUGCCUGCUUCUUCACUUCUGUAAAGCCAACCUUUUCACCAGAAUAGCAUUAACUCCUGGUGCUUUGUACUACUGGUCCAGCUGCCUUGGGUUCCUUUUCUAUAUUAAUAAAGAAAUGA